UGCAGCUCCUCUCUGACGUCGCCGCUGAAAAAGUUCUCCACCAAAACUUUUCUACGAGGAGAAAAGAAGCAGUCGAAGCUUCGGUCCGGAGGAAUGUGCAGCGGACAUUUGUGCUGCUUCGACGUCCGUCCUCGCCGUCGAGAUGACCGUCCAGCUGUCUGUCCUGUGUUCGCUGUUGUUGGCGCUAAAAGGCAUCUGCGGCUCCGAGGACGAGCAGCUCCUGGACCAAAAACAAGUCGAGGAGUUUUACAAAAAAGGUCUGUUCAUCCUGGAGAGUGAGCCCCUGAAGCGGUGCAUCGCUGUAGAUCGCACUCGCCUGGUGCUGGAGGACUGCCAGCGACCCACGCACCACAUGCUGUGGAAGUGGGUUUCCCAACAUCGCCUCUUCAACUUGGGUACCAGCAUGUGUCUGGGCCUUAAUAUCUCUGACACGACGCAGCCUCUUGGUCUGUUUGAGUGUGACAUGGUCCUCCCCACCAUGUGGUGGCGCUGCAACGGAAACAUGCUGUACGGGGCUUCCCAGUGGAAGGUGGCGGUGGCUGGUCGUUUAGUGGUGUUAAAGAAAAACUCAAAUCAUGAAUGGAAACGGCACCAGACUCCCAAAGAGGGGCCGUGCUCACACCCGUAUGAAGAUGUCCACACUUUGUUGGGGAACGGCCAUGGCAUGCCCUGUGCUUUUCCCUUUAAAUACAACAACAAAUGGUACUCGGAGUGCACAGCUGAGGGCCGUGAGGACUAUCUUCAGUGGUGUUCCACCACCACACACUAUGAUGAUGCUGGAAGAUGGGGCUUCUGUCCGGUGCAAGAUUCCAGUUGUGAACAGUUGUGGGAGUCAAACCAAGAGCUGGGUGCAUGUUACCAAUUCAAUCUGUACACCAUCCUAACCUGGAGUCAAGCAGUGUUGACCUGCCAGGCCCAAGGUGGAAACCUGCUCAGCAUCACCACCCUGGCAGAGCACUGGUACAUCAGAGAUCGGCUAGCUACCGUGAACGUGAUGGCGUGGAUCGGGCUGAACCACUUGAAGGAUGGCCGGGGCUGGCAGUGGUCAGACGGAGCUCCUCUGUCCUUGGUCAACUUCACCACAGCUCUGCCUCCCAGCCCACUACAGGAGAACCAACAAUGUGGUGUGUACAACUCAGCCUUCGAGGGUCACUGGCAGAGUCUGUCGUGUGAGUCUGCGCUGCCUUACAUCUGUAAGAAGACACCUAAUGACACCCGGAGAGCUGAGCCUGUAGAAAACUGGCAGUACAUCAAAACACUUUGUGACGAUGGCUGGUUGGCCCAUAAUGGUUUCUGCUACCGGGUGCUGCCAGAAACAGAAGCUGGAAGCUGGGAGGAGUCAUUUCAGGCUUGUAUCUCCCAGGGAGCAAACCUCACCAGCCUCCACUCCUUGUCUGAGGUUGAAAUGCUGCUGGACCUCCUGGCUAACUUCUCUGGGAGUACUACAGAGGUGUGGAUCGGUCUUUGGAAGAUGGCGUCAUCGCCAGCUGUGGAGUGGUGUGAUGGUUCACCGGUAAUGCUCACUCUCUGGCACCAGUAUCACCAGCAUCCUCACAAUGACAGCGAUGGAACACUUUGCGUCAAAGUAGAAAGAAAGACAGGCAACUGGAUCUUAACAUCAUGUAAAGAGCGACUGCCUGCAGUUUGCAGGCGAAAAAGCUCCGUUCCCGUUCAUCAGCCUGGACCGUGGGAUGAAGGAUGUCCUGAGGGCUGGAAGCGACACGGGCACUCGUGCUACACAGUGACCAGCGGUGAACAGAAUUAUGAAGAUGCAAAGCUGGGAUAUUACUGCAAAGCUCCUCUCCUUACUGUGGAAAACAGGUUUGAACAGGCCUUUGUGAACAGUUUGCUCAAUGCGAGGGGAGCCAACAGCAGCCUGCAUUACUGGAUUGGCCUCGUAGACCAGGAGCAAAACGGAGAGUACACGUGGCUUUCUAACAACGGCUCCUCUCUGCCGCUCACCUUCUCUAACUGGAACAAACACCAGCCGGUCAGCGCUGGUGGAUGUGUUGUUAUGUCAGGUGGUCCUGCUCUGGGUCACUGGGAGGUGAAAGACUGCAAAUCCCACAAGGCCUUAUCGGUGUGCAAACAAAAUGUCAGUGGUUACCAGGAUGUGCAGCUGCUGGAGCACGGCAUAGAUGCCUCUGCUCCCUGUCCUCCAGGGUGGGAAUCACACUCUGGACUUCUCCACUGUUUUAAGGUGUUUCAUGAUGAAAAAGUGCUGAUGAAGCGCUCCUGGGUGGAAGCAGACUUCUUCUGCCAGGCCCUUGAGGCUCAGCUGGCCAGUUUCCACCACUAUGACGAACAAGUGUUUGUUAAGCACCUCCUCAGUGCCAUGUUUGAAGGAACAGAGGGUCGCAAGUUUUGGGUAGGCUUAAAUAAGAGAGACCCCGAGCACCUCGGAGUGUGGGAAUGGUCCGAUGGCUCUCCUGUGGUGAAGUCUUUCAUUGAGGAUAAGAAUGAGGAAGACGACAGGAGGGACUGUGCCGUGUACAGCGACCUGACCAAUGUUCUCAUGCCACAGCCGUGUGACACCAAACAUGAGUGGAUCUGCAAAUUACCCAGAGGUGGCAGACUGAAAAAACCCUACUGGUACACUGAGCAGAGUGAGCCGUGGGUUUUUUACCAUGGAGCCGAGUACCUGCUGGCCAAACAGCCCUUUGACUGGGAUGCUGUCAAUCUGGCCUGUCAGAUGAUGGGAGCCCAGCUGCUCUCCAUUCACUCCAGAGAGGAGCUACACUUCAUCAAGGAGCGACUACGGCGGCUCUCUUUGAGCCCUGCUGAAUGGUGGAUCGGGUUCUCCAUCGACCAGCCUGGAGGGGAGGUCAGGUGGAGUGAUAAAACAGGCCUAGACUUUCAGAACUGGGCAGAGGGCUCGAGCAGAGCUGGCCCUCUGAAACACAGGCUGUGUGUCACCAUGUCGUCAUCUUCGGGAAAGUGGUCACCAAAGGAGUGCAGCGAUCUCCACGGCUACGUGUGCAAGAGAAAGACUGUGUCUGUGGUGGAAACGCCUAGGGAGCCACGCUACAUCGGAAGAUGUCCGGAGAAGUGGCUGUACUUUGGACACAAGUGUCUUUUACUUCACCUUCCUGGAAGCCCAAAAGAAGGAAAAAGUUGGAGAGAUGCCCAAUCCAUCUGCUCCUCUUUUGAUGGUUCACUGGUUGCCAUAGAAGAUGAAAUUGAACAAGCCUACAUCACGAUGUUGCUGCAGGGCAGCUCUGUUGGUGUGUGGAUCGGUCUGCGGGAUGAAGACACCAUGAAAUGGACCAAUGGGAAACCAGUCAGCUACACCAACUGGUCUCCAGUUGAACCGAAGAGCUAUCUCACUGAGGACAAGUGGUUCAGUGGAUUUUCUGAUGAGCCUCUUUGCACUGUUCUGUCAAACAACCACAACUUCCAUCUAACAGGGAAGUGGUAUGAUGAGAAGUGUAGCGACCGUGGGUAUGGCUUUGUUUGUCAAAAACCUCAAGAUAUAGCCAAACCCCCCUCCCACUCAUCUCGCCACCGCCUUCCUGACAGUAUUGAGUACAGAAGUCGCAACUACAGGGUCGUGUCUGGCAACAUGAGCUGGUACGAGGCGCUGCAUAUGUGCAUAAAGAAUGAUUCAGACCUAGUGAGCGUUACAGAUGCCUACCACCAGGCUUUCCUUACUGUCCUUGUCAAUAGAUUGGCAGUCCCCCACUGGAUUGGGCUCUAUAGUCAAGACAAUGGUAUCAAUUACCGGUGGACUGAUGGCAGCGACACGGUGUACACACACUGGGAUGCAGCCGAAGAUGGUGAUGACUGUGUGACAAGAGAAUGCGUAUAUAUGGAUGUGGACGGAGGCUGGCGGCGAACCGAGUGUGAAGCUCUACUGCCAGGAGCUCUGUGUCACGUACUUCCAAAAAGGAGUAACUCAUUUGCCACACCUGAGGUGGUUUGUCCGUCCACGUGGGUGAAGUUUGGAAAAGGCUGCUACAACUUUGAACCUGUGGUACAAAGUUUAACUUUGGAAGAGGCGAGAGAUCACUGCAGACGGAAAGUCAACACUUCCGAUGUCCUGACUCUUGAGAGUGAGGCGGAGAACCGUUUUGUUCUGGAUCAGCUGUGGUCGGCAGGGGUGCUUCACCAGACCGUGUGGCUGGGGAUGUACUUCAACACUGACACGGAUUCUUUGGCCUGGGUGGACGGUUCGGUUAUGGACUACACCAAUUGGCGCUUCAAAGUCCCUGAUCCCAAGCUGCUGACCACAGAUACCUGUGUUUCCAUCAGGGUGGUCGAUGGCGUGUGGCACUUAUCACGAUGCAUUGAGCGGCUGGGGUUCGUUUGCAAAUCCCGCACAGCAAUAUCUGAGGUGGAAGUGCAACCACUAAAAGAUUUCCAUCACGGCAUCGUGUCCACUGCCGUGCUGGUGGCUGUCCUCAUCUUUGUCCUGCUGGCAGGAGUUGUGUGGUUUGUCUACAAGAGGAAUGUUGUACGUUUUCACAGACUGCCGACACUCGGCAGCGCCUAUUACAGACAAAGCAGUUCACAGGGGACAGACUCUGAUGGAAACGUGCUGAUCACAGACUUGGAAGCUCCCCCAGGAGAAUAGUGCAGAGUGACUCCAUCUAUUUUUUUGGUUGUUGAUGUGUUUUUCCUUCAUCAUUCCGCCGUCUGGUGCGGAUGGCACAUUAUGUUCUCAGGCUGUGAUGCUGAUUGCUCAGGAUAGAGGUGACAUGAUGACAGGAAGUACCAUUUUUGUGCAUAUAAGUUUGGGAUUUCAUCACUGGGCAAAUUGAUUGCGAAGCAAAUGUUUUUGUUGUCAACAAAGAGCGUGUAAAUGUAUUUUGAAAUCCAAUAACAGUAUCUGUAUUUAAAAGUUUUAUAAGUCGCGUGAGAAUAAUGUCAGAGACCUUCAACCUCAUUAAAAAAAAGAAUGGACCGAACAUGAAAUAGUGAAGUUGGGACGUGUAAAAUGUAAAUAAACACAGAAUACAAUGAUUUGCAAAUCCUCUUCAACCUAUAUUC